AUGCUGAAUACUAAUUUGGUUGAUAUUUUCACAAAGAUAGAAGAGGAAGACUUCAUUGAUGAAGACGAGGGAGUUUUCGUGGAUCUUUCGGCACCACUCAAUAACGAAAAUCAGGAAAAUCCUAUACAAGCCGUACUGCACAGCAAUACUGAUGCGACUACGUGGUAUGAGGAAGUCGAACGGGUAACUCCGCUUCUGAAAAUCACCAUAAGACAGGAUGCAAAGAUUGCGGAUGAGGUGGAAAAGUCGCUGGAGCGAAUCGAAACUCGUGAAGCGGACCUUCUUUAUAUCACCCCAAUGAUGAAAGUGAAACAAGCGAUCUUGAAGAUUGAAGAAGAGAUUCAACGAAUGAACGUGCAAAUUGGUGUGCUCGAACAAAGUCUUCUUCAGGCUCAGCUCAAAGAGCGAGUCUCGUACGCUGCUGAAGCCUAUGGAGUCGCAUAG